UUUGUGAUGUGAUUUGAAUAAUUUAAUGAAUAAUUUAAUUUAAUAAUAGUACACAAAUGUAAUUAGAGAUCUGUGAUUUUUCAAUGCGGAAAUAAGUAAAUAUUUAGCAAAAUCUCAUUCUAUUUUUAUACUUAAUGUGUAAAAAAUAUACGAAAUAAAUCAUUUUACUUUUAUAAUGGAGGAAUACUUUGCAAGUACUCCAAGCAAACUGAAAACAAACGAUUAUUCAAGUAUAACUUUAGUACUAGGCAAUGAGAGCUGUGACCUAGACUCAGCUGUGAGCGCUAUAGUGUAUGCUGUAUUUCUGCACUGGCAACACAACACAUUCAAAGGUAAAGUGUGCACAGCUUCAAAAAGGACGGAUGAUUGCAAAGAAGACAUAUUUGUUCCCAUCUUGGAUGUGAACAGAGAAGAUUUCCCUCUCAAAACUGAGGUGGUCUUCGCAUUGGCUGGACAUGAAAUCUAUGAUAAGGAUUUAGUAUUCAGCAAUGACAUAGACAUGACAAAAUUGAUGAGCGAAGGCAAAGCCAAGGUUACAUUGGUGGAUCAUCACACUCUAGCCAGUAAAUAUAAUCACUUAGCACCAUACGUCACGGAAAUUAUUGAUCACCGACCAUUGGAUAGAACUUACUGGACAUACAACGAGGAUGUCCGGAGUACAAUUGAGCUGGUGGGUUCUUGCUGCACUCUAGUUGCUCAGAGAAUAAGAGAUUUGAGUGCCCUGGUGGGGUUGAAUGGGGAGUUCUUCACCCUAUACCCGGAUAUGACGGAUUUGUUGUACAGUUGUAUAGUUUUAGAUACAGUCAACUUUUCGAAGGAAGUCAACAAGGCUACACAACAUGAUGUUGAAAUUGUUAAUUUCCUCGAAGAUCUGCUGAAUAUCGACCAACGGGAAGAACAGAGGAAAGCGAAGGUAGACCGUCUGUUGGAGGCGCGAAGAAAUGUAUCACAGCUGACCGCAGCGCAGCUUCUUAGAAAGGAUCUGAAGAUAUUCGAAGACAUAUUGGUCCCCAGCUUCCCUGUCCUUGUGAAGGAAUUCCUCAGCAAACCUGACUCCCUGGAGGCCGUGACCGAAGCCCUAUCGUCCCGCAAGUGUUCACUAGGGCUCCUACUAGGGAUGGACCUUCGUGGGGGCCAUCAGAGGGAUUGCGCUGUUAUAAGCCCUGAUGAUAAGCUAGCUAAAGCUUUCGCCAUAUUUCUUCAGGAAUGGUCCAGUCCUUCGUUCGAGCUGGUGUCGGAGCUCGGGGUCAAUCACUAUUAUUUCAAGCAAAUGAAUUUAUCAGCUUUUCGUAAACAAUAUGUACCAGCUAUAACGGAAUUUUUGUAUUAUUACAAAGAGUAGCCGUGAUAGCCCAGUGAAUGUAAAUUGUGCCUUCAAAAUUCAUUUAAUAAAGUGUUUUUCAGAUAGGAAGGGUACGGUGACAUUUGGGAUUUGACGUUACUAGUGAUGUAAGUUGUAAAAAAUGGAAUGAAUGAAAAAUCGAUUUACUAGGGUUCGAGUUCACCGACAUUCGUUUAAACGUAAUCAACCGUUUAAAUAAGUUAAACGCCGUUUAGUCCCAAUUUCCUGUUCACCACAGCCCAUAUGCCGCAUAAGGACGUAAAUCGGGCGGUUAUGUUAACCGAGCUUGCAUAUCCCGUUUAUUCUCCGUGUAAGACGUCUUUGACAGAUAUAUUUGCAGGCUAUGUUUUUGUGACGCUCGCAAAUUUCGUGAAAUUUACCCUCUCAACUACCAAAAUGCAAAGGACCCGUAAAAUUAUGCAGGCAGCUUUGAUUUCCAAACAAAAAUAUAACAAAAUGACGAAUAAUUGUCAAUUUGACAACAUAAAUAAUAAAUCGAUGUUGCCAACACAUAUUCUUCUAAAUCCCUACGAAACUCCCCAAAUUGGGGAAAGAACAUUAUGUUAAUUUCCCGAAAAAAAUCCCCGUCAUUUGGGAAAUUCCUGGCAAGUUGGCGAUGUUGAUAUAGAUAAUAAAUAAAUUGUUCAUAGAUCGUUCACUCGCCGUUCUCAAUCGGUUUACAAACCAGAGCCAAAAAGCGUCUGGUGAACAGGUAAAAAACGCUCCUUGUUCAAACUACGUUUAAUAUUUGACGGGCCGGUUCUGUAAACGCCGUUUAUAUGAAAGUCGGUGAACUCGGGUCUUAAUCGAUCUUAUCGAGGUCAUUAAUACUAAAGUAAAAUUAUUCUUUUUGGUGAUAGUGAAUUAAAAAUAAUACAUUGUUAAGUUUUAAUCUAUUUAUUUAUUAAUCACACAAAAUAUCCUGACCUUCUUCUGACAACGAAUCAGACGAAUCGUCACUGACGUGUAUUACCAUUUGUGAAUAGAUUUAUUCACAAAUAGUCGAUUCUGAUGUCUCUUUCUCAGUCAUGUAGAAUGAAGUUUUUUCCUUUUUCAACGACAAUUAGUUAUUACAAAGCAAUACCCAGAUUAUAACAUGCUUAUAUUCACUUGUAACUAUGUAUGUAAGAAAAUCAAAUCUUGGCAUCCUAAUUUAAUUAACUUAACUAACUAACCCACUUCUCGGUCUUCGAUUACGAUGUUUGCACUGAAGUUCUGAAGAAAAUACAUGACUAGCUAAGAAACGUCAUUACAAAUCCAAUAUGGCGGCCUCCUCAAGAUGGCGGACUGGCUGUUUGAAAUCCACCCCCAUGAUAUGGGUAUCAAAUGAAAGAGUGUGCUGUCAGAAAUACGAAAAAUAUAGUCACGUGACUUAAAUCCAAUAUUUGUAAUUUUUAGUGCGUGCUAAGUAGGCUCUACAAGCAAUUUUAACACGUCAGUUGACUAUUUGUAAAGAUUCUACCAACGGUUCGGAAGACAGGUUCUGUUGAGAAGAACCGGCAAGAAACUCAGCUGAUACUCUUUCUUUAGGACGUAGGUUCUUUCCAAUGUUAUAAUUUAUACAUUUUAAGAAAUUAAAAAUGUUUCAAACGGUGAAGGAAAAACAUCGUGAGGAGAUCUGAGAAUUUUCUCAAAUCUCUGGGUGAAGUCUGCCUGUGGUGGACUAUUUAGCCUAAUCCCUCUUAUUCUGAGAGCAGACUCGUGCUCAACUGUGAGCCGAAUAUGGGUUGUUAAUGAUGAUAAAAAAUAGAUUCAUUAUUGUCAGCAUAUUCCUUUAGCAAUUUAAAAAUCUGGGCGUUUUAAAUUUUUUUUUUUUUUAAUAUUUCUUUGUUAAUUAUUUAUUUUACUUAAUUUUUAAUUAAAUAUUAAUUUUUUUUUAAUAUUUCAUAAUUGUCUCUUGACGGCCUCCGUGGCGCAGUGGUAUGCGCGGUGGGUUUACAAGACGGAGGUCCUGGGUUCGAUCCCCGGCUGAGUCGAUUAAGGUUUUCUUAAUUGGUCCAGGUCUGGCUGGUGGGAGGCUUCGGCCGUGGCUAGUUACCACCCGACCGGCAAAGGCGUAGCGCCAAGCGAUUUAGAGUUCCGGUACAAUGUCGUGUAGAAACCGAAAGGGGUGUGGAUUUUCAUCCUCCAAGUUAGCUUCUAUCUUAGAUUGCAU